UUUAGCUUUCCAUACUUAAAGAAAAUCGAAAUUUCCACUUCCAGAGAACAUGGCAGCGAAACGUCAAGUGAAUUACAUUAAACCCGCCGAGCCUAGUUUCCUGGCAAAAUUCAAGAAGGAUGUUGGAUACAAAGAAGGGCCAUCAGUCGAUACAAAGAAAGCAACUCUUUCUAUUGAUGACUUACCAGACCGCCCAGAUGAGGAGGAUGAGAAGCCUGUAGUAGUAGUUCUUAGAAAAGGAGAUCUUACAGAGGAACAAGCUGAAGUAGAGAAGAAACAGAUAAAUGAAAAUCAGAAGAAAGAGGAAGGUGAAAGUGAUGAUGAACCCGCAGACGGAAGAAUCAUUUUUAAGAAACCAACCAAGAGAAGUCCUGAUGACACAUCUGAUUUAAAAGCAUCUUCAUCAAAGAAAAAGAAAAAUAACAUGAAAAGGAAGGACAAAGAAAAUUCUGGAAAGAAGGUGAAGAAUUCAAGCCUCUUGUCGUUUGGCGAUGAUGAAGAAGAGGAUACCUGAAAGAAUUUAUAAACAGACACUGAUCCUCAAUGUGAUGGUUCUGAUAUUCAUGCAAUGGUAUCUGUGAGUGCCUUUAUCCAUGGAUAUGUGUUUACAAGAUGAUCCAAUUCACCAACCUGUAAAUGACUAUAAAGUAAAAACAUCAACUUUUAAUCAAAUGUUGCGUUGGAAGACCUGUAUUGGGAUAUAUUUAUCAGUCUUCAUGAGCGAUUGGCGUAGGUGCUUUACAAAAUACAGCCUCGUUCAUUAUCAGCACAUUCACAUUAAUCAAUGAUACUUGGUUAUCAUUCACUUUUUGCCAAGCUUCAAACUACAUGUAUGAAGUAUAGUUUUUUGUUGGCUAUUAUACAAUGCCUUGGAACAUUGUACUACCCAAAAUGUACUGUUGCAUGAAUUAACAGGUGACAUCACAAUAUGGUUCACUUUGUUGUGCGAGGUGAAUAAAUGCUGGUGCAGUACGUGUAGGGCCAACGAGCUGAAUGCACACUGCUGCCGAUUUGGAGAGCAAGAAACUUACUCAACCGAACUGGGCAAAUGGCAAGUAUGAAUAUUAUAGUACUUUUCAUUUCCAGGAAUUUCUGAUUCUGAAUGUUUUAUAAAAGAGUAAGUAAAACUGUUGAUCCAGCCCAACAUGCUUGUAACCUAGAGGGGUUUCACACCAGGGUUGUAAUAAAAAAGCUUUGUCUCUCCUGCUGAACAAAGUGUGGCAGAGACCUAGUAACCACUUUUCCUGUAGUUAAUCUGUUCCAAAAUGUUAAAAUUUUGUUCAACUUGCUCUGAGUUCUUUAUUUCUGCAUCAAUUAAGCUCACACUUGGUACA